CUAACUAAAUGCAUGAACAUUACAAUUUCGUCGUUUUCUCCAACCUGAGAGCCAUAAAAGUGAGUUUUGUUUUAACUUCCGGUGUAAUUUUGACGCUUGACGAUGCAUGGUACCACACAGGAACACGCGGUCUUGCGUCAUCAGAGUGUGUCCACAAAAAUAAACCGAGGAAAGAUAGUUCAUCUGAGUCAGACUUUUAUUGUGAAAUGUGAGCGUUAUACAUCCGGGCCAAGGUUACUUCCGACGCUUCUUUGCUGCGAUAGUGUAGUUGUGUCUAUCAAGGCCAGUUUGAAUAAAAGCUAUUACAAUGCAGGCUUCUUCGUUAAACAUCGUUUUGUUUUCGGCUUUCCCUGUUCUGUUGUCGUUGUGGUGCUUCCAAGAUGUCGUCGAAGCAGCAAGCGGCAAAGGAUUUGGGGAUCACAUCAGUUGGAGGACGCUGGAAGAUGGCAAAAAUGAGGCAACAGCCAGUGGUCUGCCCAUCAUGGUGAUCAUCCACAAGACAUGGUGUGGAGCCUGCAAAGCACUAAAACCCAAAUUUGCAGAAUCCAAGGAAAUCUCGGAGCUUGCCCACAACUUUGUGAUGGUCAACCUGGAGGACGAGGAGGAGCCAAAAGACGAGAACUUCAGUCCCGACGGCGGCUACAUUCCUCGCAUCCUCUUCCUCGAUCCCAGUGGCCAAGUUCACCCUGAAAUAAUCAAUAAAGUGGGGAACCCCAACUACAAGUACUUCUACAGCAGCGCAGAGCAAGUGGUGUCUGGGAUGAAGGAGGCGGAGGAAAAGCUGACUGGUGACACAUUCAAACGCAGCCACGCUGGUGAUGAGCUGUGAGGAGGCAGCAAGUCUCCCCAAACCAGACCGCCUCGUCCAACCACUAACAGUUUCUCCCGUUAAGAUUUUACAACACAACUAUUCCCAUCAUAAUAAUGCUCUUAUUUUAUAUUUUGGAUAUUUGUAAGAUGCAGUACUGUAAUAAUUGUCUGAUGUGGAUAUUAUUAAACCACAGCAGACUUUAAAGUGCCAUAUCCUUGGGCUCUUUGAUGCACAUUUAUGAGAGCACUUCCACAUAGUACUGUAGACUAAAGUGUGCUAAUUUUGACUAAACUUUAAUGUUUUCCAAAAGCCACAAUGUUUUCUACAAGCUAACAAAGCUGUGGAUGCUUCCAAAGACCUGUCUGAUUCUACAUUUUCGCAAAAAUGUGAAUUUAACUUUGUAUAUCUUUUUUCUUGUGACUUCUGCACUGUUUGAAAACACUGUGUGCUUUGUUCUACUCAAUAUAUAAGUGUGGAAAUAAAAAUAUGUUGU